AUUAUUAUUAUUAUUAUGUCUAAAAUAAAAGUAAAAAUCUAAAAGACUUGACCCAAGACCUGUGUCUGCUCCCAGCGACAGGGAGAAGACUCCUGGUGUCUCUUUGGCCUGUCUGCAGCUCUGGGAUCAGCUCUCUACGUCUACACAGUUGCUGUAAAACCUAACGACAGACUCCAGAUCAGCCAUACAAAGUCACCGCCUUAUUUUUAACUUCUAUAAGACUCCGUGUGAUAUGAUUGGUCACAGCUAUUGACGCAAGGCACUAAUAUCUUACAGUGAUUGGCCGGCUCUCCUGUCACGGAAUGUCAGUCAAACUGAUGGUCCAAUCAGAGCCCGUGUCUGAGUCUUUGUUCCUCCCGUUUGGUGUGUGACGCAGAGGGUCAUGUGUUGUUUGUGCUCUGGCCCGUAGAGAUGUGUACCGGAGGAGAAGGGAACGGGUUGCUAACCGAGCUAGCCGGAUCCUCCCGCUUUCAGAGCCGCGGCUGAGCGUGGUCAUGUUGCACACGGUAGGAUUCAGUCCGUGAAGAAAGCCCGCUGUGGAAUCCCCGCCUCGCUGCGGAGCAAACCGGCGAAGGGACUUGUUCUUUGACGGAAUAACAAAGCCGGUCCGUGUGGACUGCAGAUCUGAGCCGUGCGAGUUAGCUGGCCUAGCCGGACUCGGGAGCUCGUCUCCCACAACAAGAAUGGGGUCUAGGUCCACUCGGAUUAGCUUGCUAGUAAAGUGACCUUUGAUUGUAUUCUCUGAUGGCAAAUUUCACGAAUUACCAGGAAGGUAAGGCAGCGAUGUUGAUGUUGGAGACGCAGCAGAGGGACACGGGGACGAAAGCCGCGGCCGCAAACGGAGACGGCUCGGCCGGGGAACCCCCUUCCCCGGUAAUUAAUGUCGGCGGCGGCGGCGGCAGCGGCUCUCGCUUCCAUCAACAUCUACCGCCCUCCAACCACCUCCACCUCCACCAUCACCUCCUCAGCCACCACCACCCGCCAAAGGAUCAUCACUACCAGCUGGCUCCGCAGCAUCUAUCCGGAGAAAGCAUCGCAGAGUCCGCAGGAAGGAAAGCCUCGUCCUCGUCUCUCAGCCAGGUACACACCGCUGAAGAGCCCGCCGCUUCCUCCGCCGCUUCCUCCACCGCUAGCAGCCAUGUAUACGCGGCUGUGAACGUCGCUAACACCUCGGACGCUGUGGAUGAUAUUCGCAAAUGUGGCUAUUUAAGAAAGCAAAAACACGGACACAAGAGGUUUUUUGUGCUGCGGGCUGCCAGCCACCUCGGGCCGAGCCGCCUGGAGUACUACGACAGCGAGAAGAAAUUCAGGAGCUGCCUGCGCUCUGCUGCCGCGGCCGCCGCCAGCGGUGGAGCGGUCGCCCCUUCUCCGCCGAAAAGGGUUAUUUACCUCUACCAGUGCUUCACGGUGAACAAAAGGGCGGAUUCCAAAAACAAACACCUCAUUGCCCUUUACACUAAGGACGAGUACUUUGCUAUUGUGGCUGAAAACGAGCAGGAGCAAGAGGACUGGUACGUAGCUGUCAGUGAGCUGAUGAGUGAGGGCAAAAAAGGGCACGUUGAUUCCGAUGAUCUAGAUGAUGGAUAUGGUACAGUCACCCCUGGUACCGUGUUUAAAGAGGUGUGGCAGGUGAAUGUGAAACCUAAAGGACUGGGUCAAACUAAAAACCUCACAGGUGUUUACCGGCUAUGCCUCUCAACUAAAACCAUUCACCUCGUAAAGUUGAACUCUGAAACGCCCUGUGUUAACCUCCAGCUGAUGAAUAUCAGACGUUGUGGACAUUCAGAAAGCUUCUUUUUCAUCGAGGUGGGUCGCUCCUCCUCUAUCGGACCCGGGGAGAUAUGGAUGCAGGUGGACGAUUCUGUCGUGGCGCAAAACAUGCAUGAGACCAUCUUGGAGACGAUGAAAGCCCUGAAAGCCUUUGCAGAGUUUCGGCCCAGGAGUAAGAGCCAGUCGUCAGGCUCCAACCCCAUGCCGUUUAUCACAACGCGGCGCCACUUGGGCAACCUGCCGCCGAGCCAGACGGGACUGCAGCGGCGGUCGAGGACGGAGUCGGUCGUCGGCACGCCGCCGUCAAGUAAGAGCUCUGGAGCUAGUGGUUAUCGCUUCCGAACAUCCAGUGAGGGCGAGGGGACGAUGAACCGGCCGUUCCGCUCCGCCACAGGAAGUCUGGUUCACCUUAACUCGGCACGGGCACAUCAUGGUCGUCAGGAAGGGGGUGGCAGUAGCAGUGGGAGUGGUGUCGCCACAGGAAACGCUGGCACGAGCACAGGCAGCGGCCGCUAUGUCAGAGCCAUCCCAGGGUCGUCGUCCACCUACCACGCCCGCUCCGCCUCGCUGCCAGUCUCCCACUUCCCCUCCACCACCAGUCCAGUGAGCGUCUCCUCCAGCAGCGGCCAUGGCUCCGUCUCCGACACGCUCACCCGCCCGUCAAGCGCCUCGAUAUGCGGCUCCCCAUCUGACGGCGGCUUCAACUCCUCAGAUGAGUAUGGCUCCAGUCCCGGUGAUUUCCGGUACUUCCGGGUGCGGAGUAACACGCCAGACUCCCUGGGCAACACCCCACCAAUCAGAGAAGAGAACUGUCUAAAUGAUUACAUGGCCAUGGGCUGGAACCGGGAGGUUUUUGGCACCAGUGGGAGCUCUGGAAACAACAGUGGCGGUGACACGCCACGGGACGAGAGCACGUCGACAACAGAGGAUGAGCGCUUUUCUUCAUCAUCAUCAUUGAGGAGGAGGACACACUCUUUCUCCAGACCAGCAGGUGGUGCAACAGGCGGUUCUGGAGUAGCGGUUUACCAGAAAAUGACCCAGACAAACUUCUCAUUGGAUGAGGGGUCAGAUGUUGUGUUGCCAUUUGGCAGCGGGCUGCUUCGCGGUGGGCCGUCAUCCUCCUCUUCCUCACUCCGCUCUGACUACAGCUCCUGUUCCGAGCACAGCCAGCAGAGCCGUCCCUCCACGCUCUCCCGGACGGAGGCCGGUAGCGAGCGCCCGCCCCUCUCCUCCUCUGCCUCUGCCAAGGAAGACAGCGGCUACAUGCCCAUGAUGUGUGGCGUGGCUGCGUCGCCGCGGGACACGCCUCCCGACUAUAUGCCUAUGCAACCCAGCUCUCACUCCCAUCCCAUCUCCCAUUCCCCGCAGUUUCACAGUCCAGCUUUAGGUCCCCGUUCAGCCCAGCUCCAGUCCCAAUCCUCCACAGACUCCCACGGCUACAUGAUGAUGCUCCCAGGGGGCAGCGGCAGCUCCCCUUCCCCAGGCCAGGCCUCUCCCAGCCCUCACAGUAGCUCCAGCAUGACAGGCGCCAGCGGGAGUGACAGCAUAGCAGAGAGACCUGAGAAUGGGGAAUAUAUGGACAUGUCGUACUGCAGCAGUGGGGGGCGCAAGCUCUCAAAUGAAGGGAGCAGUGGGUAUUACACACCUGGUACACCUGAGGGCACCCCAAAGUCUUACAGCCCUUAUUUCUCCCUCCCUCGCUCCUACAAGGCCCCCACCAGAGAGCGAGAUGAGAAAGAGUAUGGGGAGUAUGUUCCUAUGAGUUCUCCUGCCAAGCCCGUCUAUUCAUCUGUUGCCACAGCUUCCACGUCAACGCCAGAGAAGAGGGGUGGGGGAGGUAGUAGCACCUCCACCCCCUCUCACCCACCCCCGCCUUAUGGCGCUCACCAUACGACCGCAGCGAUGGCCGACCGACGGGUCGUGAGGCCCAACCGCCUCCCUUUAGGCAGGAGAAGUUUCCACGGUCCACUGCGGGUUAGUGAGCCCUCCACGGCGUCAGCAGGCACCUCCACCUCAGUCCCUGCUACUGUCAGCUCCUCUGAAGGGCCCUCCAGUCCUGGGGAGUAUAUUAACAUUGAGUUUGGGGAUCACUACCCCCAUCAACAACAGCCCCCUGCUUAUCCUCUCUCUGCCCAAGACGAAGCGCCUUCCCUCGGAUCCAAUGAACACCGUCACUCUCCUCACCAGGAUUAUAUGAGUGUGGAGGUAGCGGCAGACCAGCAGGACAGCGCUGGAUGUCUGGGUAAAAAUCAGUCACCCAGACCCAGCCUUGUCGCCCCCUGGAACCCACCCAGCUAUAUCCGGCCCCUGGCUAGCAAUCCUGGGGCGCUGGCCUCCCCUGGAGUCCCCGCCGGAGGCCACUGGAGGUCAAUGGGGGACGACUACACGGACAUGACGUUUAACCUCAGCAGAGGUGAGAGGACGCAAACGAGCCCCACGGCCAUGCUGCAGCAUCUCUGCGUGAUAGAGGGACGUUAUGGCCAUGCCUCCCCCUCAUCCAUUUCUCCCCCUCUCCCUCCGUCAAGCCCAGGAAGGGUGCCGACACAACAGCUGGAGCCCAAGGUGGUUCGGGCCGACCCCCAAGGCAGGAGGAGGCACAGCUCGGAGACGUUCUCCUCCACGUCCUCCUCUAAUUCAACGCCCUCUGGGGGAGGACUUCCCCCCUCUUCCUCCGCCACCCACCCGACACCGGCCAACACCACGGCCCCCAACGGCUCUUACCUAACGGAGGGUCAGGCUUCCAGGUGGGCCAGCUCUGCUUCUUUUGACAGUAUGUGGGUGUCAAUGGAGGGUCUAGGGGAUUCGACGGCUCAUGCUCCAGUAAGAGCCAUGGAAAUGGGCCCAGCCUCCGGGACCUCAGCAUCCUCCUCUUCCUCGGGGGCUGGAGGCGGCAGGAUGUGCAGGAACAUGUCUGUGGGCUACCAGAACGGACUGAACUACAUUGCCUUGGAGCUGAGGGAGGACGGGAGUAAUACGGGAGCCAUGGCGUCAGGAGCUGGUAGCAGCAACGGGAGCUCGGUGGCGGCGGGGGCGGGGGCGGUGCCUCUGCCGGAGAACGGAGCCUACGCCAGUAUAGACUUCACCAAAUCUGAUGGAGUCACCACUACAACCAAGGACUGAGCGAUGGGACGAUAAAGGUUCCCCACCUUCCUCCUCCUCCUCCUCCUCUUCCUCCUCCUCUCUCUGCUUGGGACGCUUGACUCUGCCGGUGACCUCUGACCUCUUCACCCAGACUGAGAAGCCGCUCCCUUCAACAACAACAUCACAACAGAUGACAAAAACGCUUGCAGUUUUUUAUAAGUGUAUUUCAUCUUUUAUUUUGUUUGUGUUUUAUAUGCAUAUCUUGUCCUGUUUUUUUUUUUUGAUAUUCCCCCCCCCCUCACAAUCGAUGCUGCCAGUGUGCGCUGCUUUUUUCAACAGACAUCGGUCAGUGAACUUUGGUUGAGGGUGGGGGGGGUGGCGUCAACAGAACCGUAGAUAAUCCCAUUAUCAGGUUGUUUUCCAUACGGUAUUAAAAAAGGGAGGCUGGAAUACUAAGCAAAGGCAUUAUGGUACAGAAACCUUUAUGUUGCGUUGAAUUUAAGAUAUUAAUUUUUAUCUUUUAUUAUUAUUUUUUUUUUUUUACCCACAUGCAUAACCCUUCC